UGUUAUUAUUAAUUAAUUUAGUCAGUAAUUCUAACUCGGAUAUAUUAACAUGACAUGUUAAAGUAUAUGGAAUGCACAACAAAAUUCGCUUAUCAAAUGACAUGAGGGGUCUGCACCCCAUUACAGAAUUAAAAUAGCAGGAAAUUAGUAUUACUUUUCCUGUGAAAUAUUUGACAGAAAUUAAAAUUGAUAGGAAGGGAAAUAUAUAUUAAAAUCAACAUACAUUAGGCCUAUAUAUAAAAAGUAGCUGGAAGUUGAAUAGCUAUGCAUGCUACAUGAUCUCCGACAGGGAUUAAUACAUUUUCCCAAACGUUUUUACAAAGCUGCCAAAUUUUAAUCUAGAUAUAUAUAAACACUUUUUUUCGCUGAAUUAAUUCAUAAUUUUGUAUGUUACUGUGUUGUACUGAUACCGAAAGGAAAAAAAUGACGUGAAAAAUCAUGUCUGCUAAAUUACCAAUUACAAAAAGCUUGUUAAAAUGUUGAUUUUAUUUUUGCAUGUUUUUUAUUAGCAUUUACAUCCCGCACCGUAGGUGGCUGUAUCGGGCUGUAUGCUUCUUCUAACGGUUAUUUGCAGACCGCCAUGAUACCAGAGAAGAAGCCCAACUGUCUUGUCGGAGCGUGUCAGAGUCAACAGGAAAAUGUGAGGAGCGGUUGAAAGAAUCCCUUAAAGCCUAACAUUCAUCAACAUGUAAUGUGAACAUCUUCAAAUCUGCCUCACAGAAAUGGCUUCCCCAGAGCUCUUUGUUACUGCUGCUCGCAAGUGUCUAAGAACAGGAAAGAAACACCUGGCAGACACUGUUUGUCUGAACCUGGCUGCUCAGGUCCUGGCUGUGGACUUGGGCUUGAAACCAGCUCUACUAUAUGACAGCAAUACAGCAUCUGCAGAGCAAGUCCAAAAUUAUCUAAAAUCUCUGCAGGCUGCACAACUUGUGUCCCAAUCUCUCCAAACAAUGGUGCUCUGUGACAACUCCCUGAUUGUGAACCCAUCCCUAACUAUUACAAACUUGAAGGAACUUCUCGUGAGGAGGACUGUGACCGUGGUAGAUGUUUGUCACUCACUGGAGCAGCCCGUCAUCACAGACCUACCGUGGAAAGCUAUCGGGGACACGAUUCAAACUUUACUUGAUCAUAUGAAACAGUCUGGGCAACUCUUGGAGAUGGGUAGUAGUCCUCACUGUGUUGAAAAGAGACACUGUGAGUCAUGGAAUCUUUGUACUCUCUUUGGAAUUCUAUUAGGCUAUCCCACCACAUACUGGUUUGACCAGAGCAAGAGCUUUGAGAACUGCUUAGCAAUGACUCCGCUAGUGGUGACCAAGGCUAUGGCAUCUUGGCAGGCUGGUAGUGUUGCAGUUGAGGGUCACAAGUAUUGCCUGUAUUCCUUCAGUACCCCUGAGGUGCUCUGCGCUGAGACUCAGCCAGUGCUGGAUAACUGGAUCGCACAACUUCAGGAAUACUUUCAAAAGCAAACUGUCUUCUCUGGACUCAGUGUGACCAGAUCAACCGUCACCUUACCUUCUGUGGCUCUAUGAUUGCACUGACGCUGUGGAUUUUUUGUUUGUUAGUGAAACCAUUGUUUAUUUAUAUUGUUUAGCAAAUAAUAAAGCAGUUCAUAUUUCCUCAAACUCCCUAAA